UUUUCUGCUGUACCAGUCAUAAAUUAACAUCCAUUUAACUUUAGAAGGAACAAUUUGUUGUAUAUGUAGUAACUGAAAAGUAUUUUGUCACAUUUUAUUAUUUCAUGUUUUUCAUGUUUAGCCAAGUUGCAGAUCGUUUUCCAAAAAAAAAAGAGUCAAAGAGUAUUCCGCCUUGUAACGAUUUUGUUGAAAAAUGAAAUUUUUCCCACCCUAACGAAAUAAUUUUCAAACGUUUCUUUAAAAUUUUAACGAAUUUCGUUUAAAGUUCGAGUCACUUCUCUUCACAUGUUCCCAAACACUGCCAUUUUUCAAAAAACGUUUUCCACACACGUUUGCCUUCAAAAAAAAAGAGGCCAGCCAUCCAUUUCUGUUUUUUUUCUUGCCAACCAGUCAUCUAGUCCCGUGAUUCUCUCACACCGACUAGUAGUCCGUCAAGUCCUUCAUUGUGCAGCACACACACGGCGCCACGAAACGACGUCUUCUUCUGCUCUGUCAGUCUCGUCUCUGCCUGGGACAUCUGACCAAUAAAUAUUCAGAGAAACGACGGCGUAGAGGCCGCUUCGCAUAGCCGCUCGCCAGUCGGCUCUUGCUUCGUCCUCCUCUUCUCCCUAUAUUUUGCCAGUUGUUUGUCGUCGAACACCCCUCCUCGGCCGCUCAAACACACACACGUCGCCAUCGCUCGCGUCGCGGUCUCUCGGUAGUCUCGUGUGUUCUUUAUUUCUCACAUCGACCCUCCUGCCCAUAAUUAGGAAGGUCGUUGUUUCCGACAUCUGUCGCCUUUGCAAACUUCUUGAUUCUAUUUUCCUUAUCUUUUGCCCCAAUUCUCACUUAAUUCCCUAAAAUGCCAGUGGUGAACACUGCAAACUUUGUGGACCGACUACGUGACAUCACCAAGAGGAUCGAUAUCCGUCCGAGUCUUCAGAAUGUCUCAAAGCGCUGGCACAACGUUUACGAUGCUCUAGCAGUCGGCUCUCCUCAACAAGUUCAGGAAUUCUACAAGUAUAUCAAAGUAUACAAACAAUGUCCCGCCAACGAUCUACUCUUCAUGAAUAUGACAGUACAACUGGCUCGUGCUGCAAUGUUUCCAACUAAUAGCAUGUUUAAGCAAAUGCUCAAAUUUGAGAAGCAUAUGGAUGGACUCAUUUUAGCGGAAGGAAUCCAUGGAGUUUAUGGAUCUCGCGGGAUUGAAAUUCUCUGUGGUCACAAUGAUCAUUUGCUCCGAAGAUACAGAAGAUUUAAGCGACAUUCUGAAAUCAAGCGAGCUGAUAAAGAGAUAAAAAUUGCUAGAAAAACGGCAAAACAAAUGGCAGCUUUGAGAGAAGUUCGAGCAAAGUCAAGAUCACAGAAGAAUGUGCCAGCCUAUUCAUUUGAUGAUCCAGCUCUGAUUCCUGGAGAAGGCCCAAUUCCUGAGAGAGCUACAAAAGUAUACUACAAUGCUGUGAAAAGUGUUCAAGCUCCAACUCCUGAGCAGGCUCCGGUGGCACAAGAUGUUGUGGUCAAUGAACUUUCAGAGGUUAAAAAAUACUGCGAAAUUCUGAAGGCUCAAAUGGAAGAAGCUGAAAAGAGACGAGAGGAAGAUGACGUGGCUAACAAGCUCAAUGAAGUCGUCGAGAAGCUCAUCUCAACAGCUAAGGAUUCUGGAAAGAGUCAAAAAGAGGAUGAAGAGGAAGAAGACGAUGAUGACGAUGAUGAUGAGGAGGAGGAGGAAAAUGUUGAAGAUGAUGAGAAUUUGGAAGAUGAUGAAGAUGAUAGAACAGAAGAUCAAAGCUCAAUUAGAUGCAGACAGUCGGAGUCUGAAAAUAUUAAUUUCCCAGAUUUCCAAUCUUGUAAUAUCACUGAAGAUCAGAAACAAGCAAUUAUGAGAAUCCUUCUGGGAAAAUCUGAAGAAGAAAAAGUAGAAGCCAUGGAAGUUACUCAAGAGCAAAAAAUCGAAGAGUCGUCGGACGAUGAAGAGGAAAUUGAGAAGAUUGACGACAAAGACGUUGAUGCUAUGGAGUACGAGAUGUUGUAACUUUUUUCUUAAUUUUUGUUCCAUAACAAUACUUUUCUCACCUAUACAUAUAUGUUUCACAGUUUUUUCCUUCACAAUCUCUAAAUUUAGGGACUAUUCCUCUUCACUCUGUACAAUUUGUAAAAAUUUGUUGUUUUUCUAAAACCAUGUAAAAUAACUUUACAAUAACUUUUCCACCAACACCACCUGUCCUAUUCCAUUUCUGGUCAUCAUCUGAUUUGAGUACGCGUGCGCAGUCUACGAAAAACACACAUUCAGGUCAUCCAUCCAUCCAUCUGCUGUCCAUCUGUAAGUUCGCUUGUACUUGACAUUUUUCUCUCCAACGUCAUAAUUUCCCCCAUAUUUUAUGUAUUUUCGCACUUUGUAUCGCUUUUUAAUUAACUUUUCCCCUGCACUUUUUUCAGAUUGCAACCGAAAAUAACAGAACAAAAACAAUUGUGAAUAAAUUUGUGAAUUUUGUCACCAU